GCCGAGUUUCUAAAUGAGUUACUUCAACAACAUUCGACGACUAAACUUUAAAUGGAGUGCUACCAAAACCACUUGCUGGAGUCGACUUAUUGUUAUUGGACUUCUAGCAGUAUUCCUGACCAUGGUAUUCGCCUUGUAUAAAGGAUGGUCGAAGGAAUCAUUUCAUGAGGACACAAGAAAAGAAAUGGAUGUGUCUGGAAUGCGUCGGAAAAUUACAGAGAUGAUGCUGCAUGCCUGGAGAAACUACCAUCUGUACGCUUGGGGAUCGAAUGAGCUUUGUCCGAUAUCACGGUGCGGCUGCCUGGGUGGCAGGUUCGGGUCCCAUAGCUUGGGCGCCUCGAUUAUCGAAGCUUUGGACACCUUGCACAUAAUGGGCUUGAAGAACGAGUACAAGCAGGGGCGUGAUUGGAUCGAGUCAACAUUUGCAAUCGACAAUGUGAACACUGCGCUUCCAGUGUUUGAACUAACUUCCCUGCUGCUGGGUUCCAUGCUAUCGCUGUACGCAUUAACCGGCGACCCCUUGUACAAGAAUAAGGCGCUGCACAUGGCCGAUAAGAUUUUGCCAGCAUUCGAAACACCCACUGGGAUACCCAAGUCCGCAAUAAACCCCAAAUCCGGGCACGCACAAUCAAUUAACGACAUUUCGAGGUUUGGAGCACUGCACUUGGAGUUUUCGUAUCUCAGCGACAUCACUGGCAUCGCGGUCUACAGAGAGCGAGUUCAGGGGAUCCGCAAGGUUUUGUGGAGCAUGACAAAACCGAAUGGCUUGUACCCAAAUAGGAUCAACAUCAAAACGGGCAGAUGGAUAAGCAGGGACACUGCGAUAAGUAGAUUCCACGACUAUUUGCUAAAGUCGUGGCUGCAGUCGGGAAAAACAGAUGCAGAAUCCAGGCAGAUGUACACUGACGCCAUUCUGGGCAUCGUGCGGAAUAUGCUUACUGUAAGUCCCCACGGUGACACCUAUGUGUCGAACUAUGCAGAAGGCAGCUCAAACCAUCGGAUGGAUCAAGGAGCAUGUUUCUCCGGUGCGCUCUUUGCCUUUGGUGCAGCACAGCUGCAGAUGAGGCACUGGGAAAAGUACGCAGAUAUUGGCAUUGGCAUUACAGAAACGUGUCAUAGGAGCUACGAGCAAACACCUACGAAACUGGGGCCGGAAGUCCUGGUCUUCCCAAAUGAUGCACACGACAAAGCAUCGCCACAUCAGAAGAAUCGCUAUAUGCUCUAUCCAGAUGUCGUUGAGAGCUAUUUGGUGCUUUGGCGACUGACGCAUGACGUGCGGUAUCGCAGUUUUGGCUGGCAGAUCGUACAGGCAAUCGAAAAAUACUGCCGCACGUCAUACGGAUACACCGGAAUAAGAAACGUGUACGAGAUGCCCCCGGAACCGGAUGAUGUGCAGCAAAGUGUGUUCUUGGGAAAGACUCUCAAGUAUUUGUUUCUGUUGUUCUCAGAUGAUGAUGUGAUUUCGUUGAAUGAAUGGGUCCUCAACAGCGGAGGACAUCCCUUGCCGAUCAAAGGUGUAAAUGACUAUUAUCGUCAGUUCGAUUAAGAUCUCCGAUCGAACUCCCAAAGUUUCACAAGACGUUUUGUUUUAUUAUCAACACCAAUACAGAGAAUUCAAGUACGCUUCUCGCUUUAAAUACACCAAUGUAAAUGCAUACACCUACUGUACAUAUACGAGUAUAAAAGUCUUAUAAAACUAUAGAUGUUUAUACAUACAUACAUGUAUGUGUAUGUGAGACAAAGAU